GGCCGGCGGCAGCUCGGGGGCCUUUGGGACUGGACCGUCGCGCGGCAACGCCGGCGCCGGCGGAAAUGGGGCUGGCGUCCCGCGGAGCGGCCGCUGCGGGGUGGGGGCCGCGAGUGCUGCCGUCUGCCCCGCCCGCCCGACGCCGGCCGCAGCCCCGUCCCGAUCCCGCUGGCGCGCGUGGCCCUGGGCGGCAGCCGGUAAACUUUGUAGAAGAAGUGUAAUACACACAGAGAAGGCGCACAAAUCACCUGUGUGCAGCUCGACGAGCUUUCCCAAAGCGAACGCACCGUGUGAGUGGCUCCCGAGGGCGUCUGUUCACUCUCGGCCAGUCGUGUUCUUUUCCGACAGGAGCGCAUUCCCAGCAUGGUGCUCAAGGCCUUCUUCCCCACAUGCUGCGCCUCAGCGGACAGCGGCCUGCUGGUUGGACGGUGGGUCCCGGAGCAGAGCAGCGCUGUGGUCCUGGCUGUGGUGCACUUUCCCUUCAUCCCCAUCCAGGUCAAGGAGCUCCUGGCCCAGGUGCAGCAGGCCAGCCGGGUAGGUGUGGCCGUGCUGGGCACCUGGUGCCACCGCCGGCAGGAGUCCGAGGAGAGCCUAGGCCACUUCCUGGAGGGCCUGAGUGCCAUCUUCUCCCACGAGCCCUGGCUGCAGCUGUGCCGGGAGAGGGGCAGCAAGUUCUGGAGCUUCAAGGCCACCCACCGGCAGGUGCCCGCCUCCCCGGGUGCCCCUGGCCAGGACCAGGUCAUGCUCAUCUUCUAUGAUCAGCGCAAGGUGCUGCUGUCCCAGCUGCACCCGCCUGCAGCUCUGCCUGACCACCAGGCUGGGGAUGCCACGGCCAGUGCUGGGGGCCUGGCUGCUGUCUUUGACACUGUGGCACGCAGUGAGGUGCUCUUCCGAAGUGACCAGUUCGACGAGGGUCCCGUGCGGCUGAGCCACUGGCAGUCAGAGGGCGUGGAGGCCAGCAUCCUUGUGGAGCUGGCCAAGCAGGCUUCGGGGCCCAUCUGCCUGCUGCUGGCCUGCCUGCUGUCGCUCAUCUCAGCUGCCAGCACCUCCCGGGUGUUCAAGCUGUGGCCACUCUCCUUCAUUUGGAGCAAACUCUCCACAUGUGAGCAGCUCAGGCACCGGCUGGGGCAGCUCACGCUCAUCUUCAGUACCCAGAAGGCCGAGAACCCUGCCCAGCUGAUGAGGAAGGCCAACAUGCUUGUGUCCGUGUUCCUCGACGUGGCCCUCGGCCUUGCGCUGCUGUCCUGGCUUCAUGGGAAGGACCGCAUUGGGCAGCUGGCCGAUGCCCUUGUCCCCGUAGCUGACCACGUGGCCGAAGAGCUGCAGCAUCUGUUGCAGUGGUUGAUGGGCGCACCUGCUGGGCUCAAGAUGAACCGGGCGCUGGACCAGGUGCUGGGCCGCUUCUUCCUGUACCACAUCCACCUGUGGAUCAGCUACAUCCACCUCAUGUCCCCCUUCAUCGAGCGCAUCCUGUGGCACCUGGGCCUGUCAGCCUGCCUGGGCCUGACGGUGGCCCUGUCCAUCCUGUCAGACAUCAUCGCCCUCCUCACCUUCCACAUCUACUGCUUCUACGUCUACGGUGCAAGGCUAUACUGCAUGAAGAUCUGUGGCCUGUCCUCACUCUGGCGUCUUUUCCGGGGGAAGAAGUGGAACGUUCUGCGCCAGCGGGUGGACUCCUGCUCCUACGACCUGGACCAGUUGUUCAUCGGGACUCUGCUCUUCACCAUCCUGGUCUUCCUCCUUCCUACCACGGCCCUAUACUACCUGGUGUUCACCCUGCUCCGGCUCCUGGUGGUCACUGUGCAGGGUCUGAUCCAUCUGCUCGUGGACCUUGUCAACUCCCUGCCGCUGUACUCACUCGGCCUCCGGCUCUGCCGGCCCUACAGACUUGCAGCUGGCGUGAAGUUCCGAGUCCUGGAGCACGAGGCUGGCAGGCCCCUCCGCCUCCUGAUGCAGAUAAACCCACUGCCGUACAGUCGUGUGGUGCACACCUACCGCCUCCCCAGCUGUGGCUGCCACCCCAAGCACUCCUGGGGCUCCCUGUGCCGCAAGCUGUUCUUCGGGGAGCUCAUCUACCCCUGGAGGCAGAGAGGGGACAAGCAGGACUGAGGGGCUCUGGCCAUUGGCCCACCUAGCACCAACGCCCAACCACAGUCAGCCCUCCACACUGCCAGGGUGCUGCUGACCAUCGGGCAGCUUGCGUCCCACAUGGUGGCCGGGCCCCGCUCUUUGCCUUCCAUGCCCCCAGCUGUCUGGGGCCUCCACAGGCCCUGCUGGGGCCCUGCCUGUCACAUCUCCCAACUCCGAGGUCGUGGGGGUGGUGAGCAGGAGGAUUCAGGGGUGGCCAGCCAGGCCAGCCAGCCUGUACUCCAUUCCUAGAACUGUUUGCCUUGGGACCCCUUCCUGAUCUAUUGUGAUGGCACUGUUAACCCAGUGCCCACCAGCCCCCCAGGAGCCCUGCCCUGCCCCCUCACCUCACUUCCAGACCCCUGGCAAGGUUUGUAGAACCCCCACCUCUGCCCACCAUGCCUGUUCCUGGUGGGGUGUGCUGGCAGGUCUUCCUGGUUGCUCCCCAGUGGCCACACCCUGUACUGGGGCAGAGGAACCCCUCCCAGAUGUACUCAACGGUCCUUGAGACUCUGACCUGCAAGUAUCUCCUCCCUUUGGGGUUUUUCUGCAGGGUGCACUCCUGGGUCCCUGAUAUCUUCCAGCUGCCUCAGUGGCACAACGGCCAGUCAACCUGGGGAUCCAGGCAGCUGCUGACGCCAGCCUAAACCUGCAGCCCCAGUGAGCAAGGGCCCUCCGGGAAGCUGGGUGGCAGCGCCCCUCAUGCCUGAGUUCUUGGUGCUCCCCGGAGAGAUUUCUUUGCAGGAGGAGCCACUCGCAGGCCUUUGGGAGGCCCUGUGUGCAGCCAGGCCAUGUGGGGUGCCUGAAGCUGCCUUGUUGGAAGCCAAGCACCUGCCCACCUGGCUGCCCCAUUCCUGCCCUGUGCCCCACAGGAAUAGGCCCCUUGGGCAGAUCUUCAUUCCCCUUCACUGGCUCCUCAGGGAAGCAGGCAGCUCCUGGGCAGAUGCUUCUGCAGCACCCCCUGGGCAGGGGCGGGGGUGUCCAGCACUGUGGCUGCGUCUGCCUGCUGGCUGCCAGCAGAAUCUAAGUGUGAGUGAGCCCCGGAACCUGGGGGAGGAGGCCUGGAGAGGUAGAGGGUGUCACGUGUGGCUUGUCAUCUUGGAGUUGGAAACAUCCGUAGGCAGGGGGCCAGUGCUCCCUGUCCAUCAUGGGCACUUGGGACUGUCCACCUCUGCUGCCUGAGCCUUGGUGCAGGCCACAGUGGGGGGCCCUGAGCAAGUCCCCACCAGCUAGAGUCAGGCAGGACAGGUCCCGAUUCUGCCUUUUUGUGCUGUGACAAUAAAGCUUCCCGCGUGUUUGGAGUGUGA